GUCGCCAUGUUUCUGUACUUUGAGUAAACAGGUUUUCAUAAAAACAAGUCACGUCAAGAUUUUGGGAAAAACUGUUACAUCCAGUCUAAUUUAAAUGCAUCCUGUAUUUCAAUCCAGUUUCCAUCACUGAAGAAUUUCUCUUGUGUUAUGGCGGCACAUGCCGGAGAUGAUAACUUUGACGAAUAUGAUAAGCCAGGUGCAGAGAGAUCUCGGAGGAGAAGAGGAGAAGAUGAUGAUCUUGACAGUGACCUUGAAGAGGACCUGCUGGAGGAAGACUGGACAAACAAAAAGAACCCCUCAGAGCUCUCAGACGAGGAGCUUAAUGACGACCUCUUGCAGAGCGAUGAGGAUGAAGGGAAUGUCAGUGGUCAGGGUGCCUCUGUUAGUCUAAAUGCCACACUGGGCCUCAGCUCAACCUUUGAUGCAGAAGAGAGGAGCUAUGGAGGGAAUGCUGGAGAGGGAGUGGGCUACGGCGAGGGAGAGCAGGGGUACGCUGGGGACUAUGAAGGGAACGAGGGAGGCAUGGACUAUUCCAGUGAGCAGGCAGGUGGGGACGGAGCUUACCUGGAUGAGGUGCUGGACCUGCAGAUCGAUGAGCCGCUAGAUGACGAGUUUCAAGUCGAUGAUUACUCCGCUGGGUACGGAGAACAGGGGAUGGCCGAGCAGAGAGACCAACAGGAAGAGGCCGUGGACGAGCAGGAGGCAGAGGCUGGGCAGGCCCAGGAAGAAGAGGAGCCGGAGCAGGAGCCGGAGCAAGACGACUCCCAGGCCUUCGAUGGGGACGAGGCUGAGAAUGAGCCUGAGCAGGAGGAGGAGGAGGUGAAGGAAGAGUCAGACGAGGAGGAUGAUGACGACGAAGAGUCUGGCCGGCUACGCUUUAAGACCGAGCGCAAGGACGCAACAGUGGUGCGUCUGUCUGACGCAGCCAGGAAGAGGAGGAACAUUCCAGAAACAUUAGAGUUGUCAGAAGAGGCCAAGGCCAACCUGCGGGAGAUGGAGGAGAGGGAGAGGCAGCGCAAGUUUGGAGGCCGGGGGCGAGGCUUCCGAGGAGGCCCUGGCGGACGGGGCAUGGGCAUGGGCAUGGGAGGACGAGGGAUGUCCAUGGGAGGUAGAGGCGGUAGAGGCGGCUUCCCCAACUUCGGAAUGGGCGACUUUGGUGGUGGCCGCGGAGGGCGCAUGAACGACCAGAGGCCACCACUCAUGCACCUGGGCAUGCAGAACCGUAUGCCCCUGCCUCACCUCCUCCUCCAGCAGCAGCAGCAGCAGCAGCAGCAGAGGCAGUCUGGUCCGCGGGGAGGCCCAGGGGGCGGCCCAGGUGGCGGGGGGUUCCUGGACGUGGGCGAGCCUCUGGUGCAGCAGCCCCUGCAGCCACUGCUGCCCCCCCACCUGUCCCAGCGCUCGCCCCUGCGCUCCCACCUGGACACCCCGCAACGCAUACUCAGCCCCCCGGGGCCCCCCCACUCGCAGCAGCUACCGCCGCAGCAUCAACAUCAGCACCAUCACCAACAGCAGCAGCAGCAGCAUCAGCAUCAGCAGCAGCAGCAGCAUCCUCAGCAGCACCCUCAGCAGCACCAUCCACCGCAGCAGCAGCACCACCAACAGCAGCAGCAGCAGCAGCCCAAGAACAUCCACAUCAACCCCCACUUCAGAGGGCCCUCCUCCUCACCUGUGCAAGUGCCCUUGGUGCCUCCGACUCAGAACCAACCCCGACCUGCGGUGGGUCCCCAGAGAUUUCCAGGCCACCCUUCCAGCACUUCACCAGGGGUUUGGGCAGCCCCCAGAGACCCUGGACCCCCAGAGCCCUGGAGGGGGCCACCACCCCCUCACCAAGACAGAGAACCUUUCUUCCUCGGAGAGCCACGCUUCCCCGGGCAGCACUUGUUUGACCAGCCAAAUCCUUCCCAACUCAUGAACAACAACAACGCCCAUCCCAUACCAGGGCAGGGGCCCCUGUCCUUCCCCCAGCCUGGUCAGGGACCCGGCGGCCCUGGGUUUGGCCCUCUGGGGCCUGGGCAGGGCCAGGGACCGCUCGGUGCUCUGUUCCAGAGAGCCACCCGCCCGAGACCCUUCUUAGGCAACCGGCAGGCCUUCCCACCACAGCAGCAGGGCCCCAUCUUCAACUCCCAGCACAUGCCGUUUGGGCUACAGGUACGGCCGAGAGGUUUGAUGGGUCAGCCCCAGCUCCUGGACUCCCCACUCUCCCAUCAGCCCCUGCAUCAGCAGCAGCACCACCGGCAGGACCAGGGGCCCCCCCAUCAGCACCAGGGCCCCCCCCAGCAGCACCAGCACCAGCAGCACCCCGGGGACCCCCUGCCCCUCAUGCACUUGGGCCAGCAGGGCUUCCGCCAGCAGCAGCAGCAGAUGCAGCACAUGCACGGCGGCCCGCGGCAGAUGCAGCACCGCCCGCAGAACCCACAGCAGGGCAACGCCCAUUCCAGACCACGCAUGAGCCCCCCGUCACCCAUGCAGCAGAUGCAGGCUCUCUCUCAGCGCAACAGCAACCUGCGUGAGCUGCCCAUUGCCCAGGGCAACUUCGGUAACAACAACAACAACAACUCGCAGUCGCCCAACAGAGGAGGGCACCAGCAGCAGCGGCCCAUGGGCAGAGGGAUGCAGGGCCUGGGCGGGCACCAGGGCCCCAACGGCCAGAAUGCCCGCGGGGGUCUGGGCGGCAGAGGGCUAGGGCCCGGCCGAGGCCAGGGCAUGGGCAGAGGGCAGCCGGUGCCAGAGAGGACAGUGGUGAGCAAGACCCCAGCAGAGACGCCCCCAGCACCACCCCCUCAGGUGGACCCUGACGAGGACGAGGAGACGCGUCAGUACCGGCUGAAGCUGGAGGAGCAGAAGCGUCUGCGCGAGAAGAUCCUCAAGCAGAAGGAGGAGCGACGCCAGAUGCAGGCCGGCAUGCGCAAGCGCGAGCUGCUGCAGCGCAUCAGCGCCCCCCAGAACCAGACGCCCAACCAGCCCAACCAACCCCCAGCAGCAGCAGCAGCAGCAGAAACCCCCACCCCCCCAACCAGCCCUCACGCCUCAGGCUCCACAGCCGAUCCCCGCCCUCCCUGCCAACGGAGCCCUGCAGACCCAGCCCUCCAUCCCCACCGUGCCCCGGCCCAACGUCAAGACCCGCCUGUCGCCCAGCAGAACAGUGGGCCAAAUCCCGGCCAGUGGCAUCAGCAGCAGCAGCAGCUGCAGCAACAACAGCAGCAGCAGAGGAGGGGGAUGAAUCAACAGAACACCCAGGGCCCCAUGGGGAACAUGCCCAGGCAGGGUGCCCCGAUGGAGGGGACGUUUCCAGGCCAGCCCCAGGCUCCGGGGCCCAGGCCUGGAGGGAAGCGGACAGUCAUGCAGAGGCAAAACAGUACGGGCUCUCCUCAGCUCCCUCAGAAAGUUCGGGUGGUCAAGCUCUGCGCAGGGGGUGCCGACACUCCUGACGCAGCUGUCCCAGUGGAGCAGCCACAGCCCAUCGGGCGACUCCCCCCACAGCCACGCCAGCUCCCCAUCCGAAAGGUCACCAUGGGAACAGGCGGACAGCAGCAGCAGCAGCAUCCCCCGGGACAGGGAGGCAGGGGCCUCCCACAACCCAACAGGGUGGUGAUGCCAGGGAGAGGCAGAGGCCGCGGUGCUCGCGGGGGUCGUAUGAUGGCCACCAGGCAGAGCGGGCGUGUUCAGGAGGAGCGCACCACGGUCUCCAUCGAGGGCCUGUCCACCUCCACCACAGAGAAGCAGCUCCGGAACCUGCUGCAGUCCAUUGGGCCCAUCCAGAUGUUCGAGAUGGUGCCCCAGCAGAGGAAGGCCGUUGCCAAGUUCAUCAACCCACAGCAUGCCCAGAGCUUCCAGCACAGUUUCCACAGGCACAUGAUCGAUCUGUCUCACAUUGACGUGUCCAUCAUCGACGGCUGAGACGAGAGCAGCGGCUCACCCAGAGACGAGACGAGAGGAGAGGAGACGAGUGGAGACGUGGGGGGGAUUUGGAUGGAUGGUGUCAGGUCGAGGGAAGAGGAGAGCGUUCCGGAGGGCGCAAACUAACACUAGCAUGUCGGGCUCUGCUGUAAAGGAGGGGAGAAAUGGCACCCCACCUCAGACAAACGCACCUCUCUGAUACAGGAGAACUUUCUGUCACCCAGCGACAAUGGAGCGCCGAUUCUGACUGAUCGCGUCCAGACCACUUGAGAAAACAAGAGCCGAAUAAACAAACUGGGUUACGUCUCCAAUGUGUUCAUUACAGUGAAUGCCCUCAUGCGGAGGAGACUGGAGUUGUGUUUCUAGCCUGGUUUUUGUUACGUUGGCACCAGUUGUUUUCGAUGCCAUUGGCAAGAAAGAGACUUGAGGAUUCAGAGUUUAGUCACAGCUACACCACCAACAAACACAUACCAACAACACCAACAGCACCAAACAGUCGACACCUGGUAAUGGUUGCACCCCGCUCCUGUCAUAGCCAUUCUUAGUAAAAACCUGUAGAUUGCAGUUGUUGUAACUCUCAAAUGUCCCAUGAAAUAGAAGUCUCUCCCGCUAUUACAUUCUUGAUGCCUUUAGUACUUUGAACCACAGCCUUGAGUUGUUCGUCCUCUACGGUAGUGCUAUUUAUCACCUGUAGGGGGUGGUGUCUGACCACAAAUCUCUUGUCCAUAGUCAGGAUGUCUGUGUGAGGCCCCAUUAUAGCUUUUUUUCACUGGACUAACAGCACUACCUACUGGAGAACAUGAUUCGAGAAAAGUGGUCUUUUCAGUGACCACUAUAUUUAACAACCCUCUCUCUCUGAGUAAGAACUGCUUGAUGUUUCAGUAUGGGAACACUAGCAUAUGAUCUUGAGUUUUAGUCCACAGGCUGGCUUUGGCAUAAUACUGGCAUUGUUAUCUAUCGCUGAUGAUUUCACAAUUGUUUGCCGUGUAACAGUUACUUUGGUCUAUUUUGGGGGCAAUUUAUAUCGUUGACUGAGCAGCUGAGAUCAUUUGCCUUUUCAUGAAUGGCCUUCUCAUAACAAUAUACUAGAUUAUUGUAGUGACACAAACACUGGCACGUCAAAACAUUUUAAUGACACACUUUGGUUUUGUUUUUACUUCUUUUAGUACUUAGUUAUUGUUUUAUGCACAGGCUGAAGGGAAUGUCACACUGAGAACGUACAGAGGACGUCAUACCGUAAGAAAGUGUAAAAACACUAAUUUGAGAGAUGAGAUCUCCAAAGUGAUUAAGGCUCUUUAUACCAGUUUGAGUUUUUCAAUGUCUUUGUCUGAACAGCCCCUUUAAGCUUGUUUAUCAUUUUGACGUCUUAGAUUUUGGUUAGCGGUUUCGGGUGUGGGAGUGUGCGGUUGAUGGCUAGCUGUAGUUUUCUGAUUGCAGUGGUCGGUGGGUUAGGCUGGGCUUUGCUUUGCUGUGUUGAGUUUGUGUUCUGUUGCCCCUGUGUGGAGGACCGCAUCCCUGUGGCUGUGCACUGGCUGUGUGCAUAGGGGGAAAUACUGCAGAGGUGUUAUAAAAGUGAUCUAAUAUAUCACUGGAUUGGCUUUGAGAUUAUGAUGUUUAUUUCGGCAAAUCAGUGAUGCACAUUCUACUGUGUGUUCGGUCAAUUUAUAAUGUCGGACUUUCCUCCUCAUGGCGUUCUAGAGUUUCGGAGUAUUUACAUUUGUAUACGAAGUACAUACAACCCCUUCAUGUGUACAGCUCUACAGAGCUGCUCUAUCUCUUUGCAUUCGCAGUUUCCCUUGUUGACCUCAUUAUUCUUUGCAUACAUGCAUUGAUAUUCACAACAUGAUAUGUAUGGUAGUUUUUCUCUGCUAGUUGCAGUUGUGUCCCUCCACUUCACACAAAUUUCUGUUGAUUAUAAACAAAUCCCUGGCAUCAAAAAAACACAUUGAGAUUCAUUCACAUAGAAGGAGAUGUUAACAU